AUGAAGGACUCCUUCCAGAUGGACGGCCAACCUUGCAAAUGGCAGCGGCCGCGGAAGUCAGCGCUGCGUGUCAUUGAGAAGAACUUCCUGCUCAGUUGUGUUCUUGCUGCGGCGACAACCUAUCUACUGGUCGGACAUUUCUGGCAUCAUCCUUCAUUGGACACGACCACUCAAAGUGGUUACGCCUCGCUACUUCCAGAGGACCUGGAAUAUGGCUUGGCACAAUGCGCCGCCAACCAGGAACGACCCGCUGUAGAUCACGGCUUGGCUUCCAUUCGUCUCGCCAAGCCUCGAUCUGGCGUACGGACCAUCUUGUAUCAUGCUACACUCAUCGACGGCGAUGGUAAGGUCACUCCGGACUGCACCAUCGAGAUGCAAGACGGGAUUAUCACUGCUGUUGUUGCAAGCUCGUCUGCUCUAGACAGAGUCUCCGAGUCCUCUGACACAAUCAAGAUUGAUCUGGAAGGCCGGAUCGUCACGCCAGGUCUGGUUGAUAUUCACUCUCACAUCGGCAUUCGUCCAACCCCUCAACUUUGGGCAACAGAGGAUGUGACCGAGUACUCAUCCAUGGCAACGCCGUGGGGCCGGGCCAUCGACGCGAUCAAGCCCAACGACCCGGCCUUUCCCGUUGUCGCUAGCGGCGGAGUGACCACUUCUCUGGUUCUGACUGGUGCCAAGAACUCCAUGUCUGGCGAGGGUGCCGUGCUGAAAAUGAAACGCGCAGAGUCUGUCUAUGACCUGCUCGUCAACCUCACCGAGGCUGGAGGCAAGCCGCAGAGAUACCUGAAGAUGGCUAUGGGCGAGAACCAGAAGAGGCAGUUCCAGAAUGUCCCCGGCGGGCUAGUGUCUCGACAGGGCGAGUCGUUUGUCUACCGCAAGGCAUACGACACUGCCAGACGAGUCAAGCAGCGUCAAGAUAUGUGGUGCGAGGCUGCAUCGACAGCGCUCGGCCGAGCCAGCCUGACUGAGGAGUAUCCCAGGUCGCUCGAGUGGCAGACUCUAGUCGACGUCCUGCGCGGCGAUGUGAGCCUCCACAUCCACGGCUACGAGACUGUCGACAUCCUCGCCAUGUUCGACCACUCUGAUGAGUUCGGCUUCAACAUCACGGCCUUACACCAUGGCCUGCACGCAGAUUCAAUUACCGACGAGGUCAGGAAGCGCAAUAUUGCUGUUGUCGGCUUUACCGACUCGUGGGGUGACAAGAAAGAGAACUACAAUGUCACCCUCUACUUCCCGAAGAGGAUAGUGGAUGCCGGUAUUCCUCUCGCUCUCACUCGUGAUGCUCCCGCGCUGCACGGCCAGUUCCUCAUCUAUGAAGCUCAGAUCGCGCAUCACUUUGGUGUCAGCGCUGAGACUGCAUUUUCAUCCGUCAUGGCGGUGCCAGCCCGUCUUAUGGGCAUGGACAACAGAAUCGGUUUCAUCAGGCCUGGGUACGACGCAGAUCUUGUAGUCUGGGACAGACACCCCUUACGCGUUGGAGCUGCCCCCCUCGAAGUCUUCAUCGACGGCAGUAGUGUUGUUCGGGCAUCCUCGGACCUCUGGCGCCGGUCGCAGGACUUCGUCACAGAUGCGCCCCCGUCGAGGCCGGAAGCUGAGAUCAAGACACCUGUGAGUCCUGUCGGCCAUGCAGAUGUCGUUCUAAAGGGCAUCGUCAGCAGCUUCGUUGGCAAGGGUGGCAAGAGGGGCGAGGAGAUCCGCGGGUCUGAUAUGACUGCCGUCAUCCGCGAUGGGAACCUGGUUUGCAUUGGAGAGACCGGUUGUACCGACGCUGCAGCUGAGGCGACAUUGGCCGGAGCUCCUGUCGUCCAGGUCAACAAUGGUGUUGUGAUUCCUGGUCUCACCAUCGUCACGCGCCAGCAUGGCCUUGUCGAGAUGGCUUUGGAACCAUCGACAGGCGACGGUGCUUCUUCGGGUGCCAACUUUGACAAUCCUCCGGAGGCCCAAUUCGGACUUACAUUCGGUGGCAUUCACGUCCAGAGUGCCCAUCACGCAGGGGUCACCCGCAUUGUGACUCCGCCUCUGACGACAGGCUUCUUCCAUGGCAUCAGCACGAGAUUCAGAGCGGGAGCGAAGAGCGUUCUCGAUGAUGGCGCGGUCUCUGAUCCAAAUGUCGCACUCCACUUCACGAUCGGACAUGAAGGAAAAGGUCCAGUGACGCCCUCUGUUACCCUCCAGAUCCAGAAACUCCGAGAGCUCCUCACUACCGAACAGCCGCCGCAUUCCGUCUACAGGCGCGCUGCCAGGGGUGAGAUCCCCGUUGUCGUCCAUGUACACAACAAGGAUGUGAUCGCACACAUGAUCGCACUGAAGCACGAAACAAAUGCCCACAUUGUCAUCAUGGGCGCAGCUGAGGCACAUCUUCAUGCCGACGCGCUCGCAAAGGCCGAUAUCCCCGUCAUCGUUGCUCCAUUCUGGGGCUGCGAGCCGCUCUUCUGGGACGCACGCCAUUGUCUUCCUGGUCCGCCGUUGGUUGAUGCUCUAGGCCCGCAAGUGCUGGUUGAGGCUGGCGUUACGGUCGGUAUCGCCAGCUGGGAUACCAUGAACAACCACAUACAGAGCAGCAUCUGGGAGGCAGGGUGGCUGGCAGGACCCGCCAAUCACAGCCUUGCCCUUGACCUCGUGACUAGGAAUGUCGAGAAGGCUCUUAAACUCUCGGAAACUGGUGACAUUGUGGUGUUUGAGGGCAAUCCCUUUGACUUUGGUGCUCGUGUUGCAUUGAGCUUCGAAGAGGGUCGCGUCCAAAGUGUGUAUCCCAAUGCCGACGCUACAGAAUAG